CCCAUCUGAAAUGUUGGUGUUUUUCAAUACCCAGAAAGCCCAAGGGCAGAUUUCCUCUUGUUUUCAGAGGUUCCGGGAAAGGUGAGGAUUUAUCUGCCAGACAAUCACUGGAAAAGAGCAGGAAAACGGGAUCGGUUUUCUUCAGUAAAGGAGAGGAUGCUACACCUCAAGGAGAAGAAAUGGGCAAAGAGAAACCCAGUUCUACGGAAGUUCUUACUCCACAGCUGCUGAUAAUGAAGAGGCUUAUCCUGACUCUAUUCACACUCCUACUGCUCAGAGACUUGGUGAUUUCAGGAGGAGCCGAUUCAAGGAAAAUCAUCAUCACCCAGAUCAUCAAUUUCAACUUCGAAAAGACCCGGAUUAAUUGGACCGUGACAGAUAACUCGGCUAGAGAGAACUUAACCUUCCAAUACACGUUGGAUGGAGGAAGCACAUGGCAUUUAUGCCCCGACUAUUUGUUUGAGCUUGGCUAUAAGGUCGGAUGUCUCUUUCAAGCCGAGGACGAAACCCUAGAAUAUUCCAUCCACAGUGGAGACGAGUUACUUUAUGAGCAAACUCUGAUGACCAGCUCAUACAUAAAGCCCGACUCUCCCAAGAACCUGACUUUCACGUGGAAGGAAAGUACCGUUCGAAUAAAAUGCCCCAACCUGAACCUCGGCGACCUCUCGUAUGAGAUUCAAUACCGAAGCGUAUUCGAUGACGGAUGGCAGUCCCAAGAGGAGGAAGACUGUGAUAUUGAAGCGCAAGGACUGGAUCUGGAAAAAUGCUACACCUUCCGAGCCAGAGUGAGAGCCCAGGAGUUCGGCUAUGGACCGGACACCUAUCCUAGCGACUGGACCCCUGAGAGCCUGUGGCGGAACGGAAAGUCAGUAGAUUCCUGCUCAGUCAGUCCUCCGGCAAGAAAGAUCCUCUAUUUGAUGUCCGGGCUGGUCACGCUUGUGGUAACCUUCCUCCUCCUGCUUCUGGCUUUGUGGAAGUCACCCAGAGUAAAGGAACUAAUCGUUCCUAUCAUUCCGGAUCCAAAGUAUAUAUUCCCCGGCCUGUUUGAUGAUCACAGAGGCAACUUUCAGGAGUGGAUCAAAGAAACCGAGGAUCUGAUGAAUCCCAUCGACGCUGAAUGCGUGGAGGAGCCGUGUGUCAUCGAAGAGGAACUCACUGUACGGCCCCGCCGGAAGGAGAACAUGGUUCGUGACGCUUCCAGAUUUCAGGAGCUGCCGCCCAGCAGCGAACCGGCUAAAGACUCCCACCUCUCGCCUCCAGCCACCGAUACUGUUACUUUUGGAAAUCCCAAGUUCGUUAUCAAUGAAAACAUGUAUGUCGUGCUCUGACCCUCCGGCCCACAUCAGGCCGAUUUGGAUCAGCCUGAGGCCCAGAUCAGAGGAGAUGGAAAGAGGUCCAGCCGUGGCUAAACCGGGUGAGGAAUUAGCAAAGAUGGAGUCGGGGAGAUCUGAGAUAUUCCAGACGUGCUAGCAGGGAGAUUUCCGAAAGCCACGAGGCCCAUUCCCUCGUCCAGAGACAGAGGUCCCCCUCUCUGUCACCUCGGGUUGAAAUUCCUGCUCGAGUCCAUCAGACUGUUUCUCAGUCCCUCAGCAGGGCCUGGUACAAAAACCCCAGCAUUCUUCCCCGCUGUACUUUAUCGAACGUUCCGCAAAGCCAGGAUUCCUCCCUCAUGAACCUAUCUCUUGGCAUAUUUGGCCAAGAUCCCUCCACAGGGAACUCUGCCAAUCAUCGUGUGUGGUCCGCAUUCCUCCCCUGAGAUCUUCACCUCCUGUCGUGUCCUCAUUGUGGGCAGGAGAUGAGUCCAUUUAUUGUACUGUAUUGUCCCAAAUGCUUAAUACAGUGCUCUGCACACAAGAGGUGCUCAAUAAAUACAAUCGAAUGAAUGAGUGAAUGAAUGACUCCUCCUCGAUGAACUUUAUCUCUUCAUAUAUGGCCAGGAUUCCUCCCUGGGGGAACCCUAUUGAUCAUCAUGUGCGGUAUAGGGGAUGGUAUUUGUUAGGCGCUUACUAUGUGCAGAGCACUGUUCUAAGCGCUGGGGUAGAUACAGGGUAAUCAGG